AUUUGUUAUGACUUUGACAUAAAUCAAAUCACUGAAACAUGACGAAAAUAACCUAAAAUUGUUUCGUUUUUCAUGGUAGAUUUACUUAUUUUAAUAUUUUAUAUCACUAGUUUAUAAGAACUAUGCCAGUGUUGUGUGGAACAGGGUGCGGUAAAAAUGCCGUUUUGAAGAGACCUAAAACUGGCGAUGCCCUGUGUAAGGAUUGCUUUUACUGGGCCUUUGAAACAGAAAUCCACUACACCAUCACUAAAAGCGAGCUGUUCAAUAGAGGAGAUUCAGUUGCGGUUGCUGCAUCAGGCGGAAAGGAUUCCACUGUGCUCGCUCACGUAUUGAAAACUCUGAACAGUCGUUACGAUUAUGGUUUGAACCUUACUCUACUUUCAAUCGACGAAGGGAUCACUGGAUACCGAGAUGACAGUCUAGAGACAGUGAAGCAAAACAGAGACGACUAUGAAAUGCCUCUUAAAAUUUUGUCGUACAAAGAUCUUUAUGGCUGGACCAUGGACGAAAUCGUCGCUCAGAUAGGCAGAAAGAAUAAUUGCACUUUCUGUGGAGUGUUCAGAAGACAAGCAUUAGACAGAGGUGCUGCAAUGCUUGGGGUCAAAUGUAUAGCAACUGGACAUAAUGCUGAUGACAUUGCUGAGACAGUGUUGAUGAAUGUUCUCAGAGGAGACAUUGCUCGCUUGAAGAGGUGCACUGCAAUAUCUACUGGCAGUGAGGGAACUAUCCCCAGAGUGAAACCUCUGAAGUACACCUAUGAGAAGGAGAUAGUGAUGUAUGCACAUUACAAAAAACUUGUGUACUUCUCUACAGAAUGUAUUUUUGCACCAAAUGCAUACAGAGGGCAUGCCAGGGCUCUGCUCAAGGACAUGGAGAAGAUCAGACCAGCUUGUAUUAUGGACAUUAUAUACUCAGGAGAGACCAUGGCAGUAAAAGAUGAGGUGUCAUUGCCAACACAAAGAACUUGUGUUAGGUGUCACUUUGUAUCAUCUCAGGAAGUAUGCAAGGCCUGUGUUCUGCUUGAGGGUCUAAACAAAGGCCUACCUCGGCUCGGCAUUGGCAAAAGCUCAAAGGCUAAGAAAAUGUUGGAUGAAUACCACUCUAAGCAAAAUGAUGCAUUAAAGUCAGCUGUGUUAGAGUUAUCUGAUGUAAAUAAUGAGAAAUCAAGGAUGAGUAGGAAAUGUUGUAAAUCUGGAGCUUGUAAUAAAAUAGAUUGUAAGGAAACUCUUACCAAUGGUAGUGACAAGUGUAACAGUAAGCAGUGCUGUUCUGGCAAAUGUAGUUCUAAAGAUGUCGACCCAGCAGCAAAUAAUGCUAAGUUAAACAAUCUAUUGGAACAAUACGAGUUAGAUAAUUCACAAGCAUCAGACAGGUCGUCAGGACAGAAAGAGACAAAUAUAGCAAAUAGGUUUGAAGAUGACAAGUCACACAAUGAAGAAACCAAUGGCGAAGAAGAAGACCUUUGUUCUGCCUCAUGUGGCAGACUGGGUUCAUUGCAGAUAGGUUUCUAAUGAAUAAAAAAAUUAUACAAUUUAAAAUA